AAAACGACGAUUUAAAGUCAAAAGGGAAUAGAGAUCGAAUCGGUUCAUUCGAAUUCCACUUUCAAGUUUUUACGUCCCUCCACAUUUUCUUCUCCAAAUUCCCUCUCAAUUUCUAGGGUUUUAUUCUCAAUUUUCCCCACAAAUGUCAGCGUCUACAGUAUCUAUCUCGGCUAAUCCAGCCACGGCUUCAACCCGUCGCCGAGCCGUAGAGAAGAAGCAACCCACCGCCUUAGAUUUAGCCGACUCCAACUUAGCCACCGCCACCGCAGCAGCAGCAGCGGCAGCGGCAGCGGCAGCGGAUCCAAUCUCCACCCCAAAUGUUUCCUACAGAAGCGAUAGCAGAGAUGCGAUUCAAGUGGUGAAGAAAACAUUGCCCCAUACCAAUGUUCCAACAUCCUCUACACGUCGCCCUAGCGGUUCGGCAUCAGCAGUGAAGAAGCACACCAAGACGCCUAAGCCGAGGUGGUUGACUGUGGUUAGUGUUGUUACUAAGAAUUUAUUGUUGGUGAUUGUGUUAAUUGGUUUAGUUCAGAUGGUUCGUAGACUUGUGGGGAAUUCCUAUCAAACGAGCGACUCUGAUGGUCUCGCUGUAAUUUCUGGGGAUUUCGAUGGGAAAUUCGCUGAAAUGGAGUCGUUUGUUAAGAAAACUACGAAAAUGAUGCAAGUGCAAAUUGAUGUGAUUGAUCAAAAACUGGAUACGGGGAUUAGGAAUGUGAGGGAUGAAUUGAGUGUGAAGAUGGAUGAUAAAGUGGAGGAAUUGCAGUUGAAGUUGAAGGAAGUGAGUGGCACAAGCGAAAAUCUGGAGAAGUUGAUGGGUGAAUUUAGAGAGAAAAAUUGGGUGUCCCGGGAUGAGGUAGAAAAUAUGUUGGAGGAAUACAGGAAGAUGAAAGGUAGCAGUGAAGUUGAUGAUAAGAGUUUGGAUGAGUUUCGAGUAUAUGCAAGGCAGAUGGUGGAGAAAGAGAUAGAGAAACAUGCUGCAGAUGGAUUAGGGAGGGUGGAUUAUGCAUUGUCCUCUGGAGGGGCUCGUGUUGUGAAGCACUCAGAGCCAUUUAUUACGAAGUCUGGUAGUGGUGAUGUUUUUAGUUGGUUAACUAACCGAAAUGCUGUUAGUAACAAUGCUGACAAGAUACUCACUCCCAGCUUUGGAGAACCUGGUCAGUGUUUUGCCCUUAAAGGGGAUAGCGGGUUUGUCCAGAUUCGGCUUCGAACAGCUAUUAUACCUGAAGCUGUUACCUUGGAACAUGUUGCAAAGAGUGUUGCUUACGAUAGAUCCAGUGCUCCAAAGAACGGCAGGAUAUCAGGAUGGCUCCAUAAUGAAAAGGGUACUGACCUAGCAGCUGAUAGUGAGAAGAUGUUUCUUUUGACGGAGUUCAUGUAUGAUCUGGACAAGAGCAAUGCACAGACUUUUGAUGUUUUAGAGUCGGCAGGCUCUAAUGUUGUCGACACAAUCAGGUUUGAUUUCACAUCAAACCAUGGGCAGCCACACACAUGCAUCUAUAGAUUGAGGGUACAUGGCCGUGAACCAAGCUCCUUGGUAAUGCAGUCUUGAUGGUAAAAUGAUUUAAAUUAUUUUGACAUUCCUCUCCUUAACUAUGUAGUGCUAUUGUGUCUUUCUGGUAGAACCCAAUCCUACAUGUGAGUUAUAAUCUUUUGGCUAAGUGUGGAUUUGAGAUCCUUGCCCUCUGUGAUUACCCUGCACCGAGUUGGGCUAGGUGUAAAAAUGUCUUGUUUGUUUCAGCUGCUGAACUGCUGUAAAAUUGAUGAUUUUAUUCCCUUCUAAAUGAGAUGUAAAGAUGAUGACUGUCCUGUAAAACUCCAGUUUAUUAUUAGUUUUAUUUUUCCA